AUGACAAUAGAGAAUGAAAAUUUCAAUACAACUACUGGAGAUCAGACCGGUACUAUGCAUCUACUGCCACAUCGUAUCACAACCACAAUGAAGAAGGCUACUGGGCCACCUAUUACUACUAGGAAAAACGCACAUAGUCGAACUCAAUCUAUUUCAACACAGCCUGUAACUCAAAAGAAAAAACAGCACAGUAGAAGAGGGUCUUUACCUACGGCUAUCCAUGUGAAUGAAGCGAACCGCUUCUACCAUUCGUCACUGAAUUCACCUAUUCGUUCAUCAUUUCUAUUAUCACCUAUACCACCAUUACCAGAGAAAGGUGCUAUUGCCAUUCAUAUCGCAAAUCCUAAAUCAGAUGUCGCCUCUCAAUAUAUCACAAAGCACGAAAACACUAUCAAAAACUUGUCGUAUAUUCUCAUAUGGUAUUUCUUCUCCACAUCUCUAUCUCUAUACAACAAAAACUUGAUGGGCCGUGAUCGAUUCAACUUCAACUUUCCACUACUGGUCAGCUCUAUUCACGCAGGACUUCAUGCCAUUAUAACAGCGUUGAUGAUGUGGUUGGGAGGCAAUCGCUGGAAGAGUGCUUCAGUUGGUAUGUCCCUGAAUGACUACCUUUUCAAAGUCGUAGGUUAUUUUGAUCUUUUGUAUGGUUGA